AUGGAUACCAUGUCGGAGGAAUUCAAUCCGUUCUGUCGUGGUACUAUCGCGUUCUACUUCUUUUGCUUCAUUUUGGGAAUUAUGCUAUCCCGUUGUGCUCAUCGAUUCUGUCGUACUUCUCGUUUCCAUCGAUUCCGUCGUUAUCCAGUCGAGAAGAAACUGAGCAGCCUUACCCAAAUCAAUCAUCCUGACUUCACUUUCAUCAUUGGACCAGAGGAUAUUCGUUAUAGUGAAGAAUUCGACCUUGACUGGUGCAAGACUUUCCUUCGUGAGAACUUUCCUAAUCAUUCCGCUGAGAUUCCACAGAACCUCUGCUCUCUUUGGGUUCCACGUGAAGGAUUCACUUGUGGAACUACUUUCCAAGAGUUCAGUCCAAAAGAGGGAAAGCUUAAGGACAGCUUCUUGACCUAUCAGAUGAUCACUGAACGUGCUCAGGUCACCUGGUACAAUCUGAAAGACGGUAGACACUUCGUCGCAGGAAUUUGCAUUUACCUUCGUUUGGAAAUGGAAUCAAACUUCAUUGGAACCCCACCAAUUGAUGAAGAAGCAGUCGAAAUUGCAAUGGAAAUGGGAUAUGACUACGUGCCACCAAAACCAAAGAAAGAAAAGAAAAAAGCCAAGAAACAUGGGGCUACAAUCUAUCAAGCUGCUCUUGAUGCCGGAUUGAUUAUGCCGAAAGAGAAUAAAGAGAAAACACGCUAUGGUUUCACUGAUGAGAAGAAUCCAAACCCACCAGAUUACACUGCUCUUCUCAUGGAAAAUCAAAACUAG